GACCAGGGUUCCCCUUCCGAUCCUCGAGCCCAAGAUCGUUAAUUUUCAUUUUCAUGACUGAAAGCCUUCCUGUAUUGUUAUUUUUUCCUCACGAGUAGCUCGCGGGGGGAGGCGGAGUGCGGCCCGACCUUUAUUUGUUUUACUCUCGACCCCGGCCCUUUUGUUCAGGGUGUGUGUUAGUCUCGGAGCGGCUUGGGAGGUUGCGCAUAGCAACGGGACGGAGCUUCAGCAGUCCUGUCGACCUCGCUGAUCACAUCUUUGGCCAUUGUUGAGAGUAUACCUGGCAUUCUCAGCAAGUUGAAUCAUGACAACAACAGAUGGAAGCCUGCUCUCGACUGAGAUGAACAAUGAAGAGGCACUGUAUGAGCAGCUUCUACUGCAGGCUGCAAAGGAGAUGCAGAAUCAACUUCCAAUGGCACAGGAAUCCAAGCAGAUCAGACCACAACCAGGCUUCUGUGUGAAGACAAAGACGAAGACCAACGAAAAGGUUUUCAUUAAUGUUUGCAAGUCUGAUCAGAUUCCACCUCCGCCAGACCUCUCUGAGGAGGGCUUGGUCUCCCUGCUGGAAUCCGAUGAUCCUUCUGGAUACAGAAUUCCCAUGAGCCUCGGUGAACCACACGCUGAAAUUGACAACAGUGGUAAUGGAUGCACUGCAUAUGACAUAGUCAUCAAUUCAAAAUUUUACAACAAAAUUCAGAACAACCAGCUCUUCAUGGAAUUCUUCCUUACUAUCGGCUUUGAGGGGCUGGAAAACAAAUACAAUUUGGAACUUUCCCGAGAAUGGCGGAUGCUGAAGAACAGGAAAUUUCUGGGAUCUGUAACGGAACAAAACAUCAGAACAAAAUCGAAACCUGUUAUCCAGGAACUGGAAUCCAGCACUUCAUCUCCAGGUACCUGCACUGAAUCCCUUGUAUCAGAAAUAGCAAGUACCUGUGUAGAGCCAGAAUACACAAUCAUGGCCGAGCCUGCAGAUGAGCACCCCAGCUUCCUGGUGGCAGAAAUCUCCUUACCAAAAGUGGAGUCAGCGGCAUCAUUACUGCUCGACCUUGGAGAAGACCGGAUUGUGUUGUGGGCACGGCCAGACCUUUAUCACUUAGAUAUUUACAUCCCAUUUAACAUUGUUCAGGAGAAAAGUGGCUCGCAGUUCAACAGGAAAACCAGGGUUCUGACUAUAACGAUGCCGGUGCAGCCAGCAUAAGACCACAGUUGCUUCCAGGAUGAUCAUUACUCGCAGAAACUGGAUAAGAGGAACUCCUGUGCAUUCCCAGCAUGCUGGUGGUCAGCACUGCAUAUUUGUGAUGUCACUUUACGUGGCAUUCACUAUGAAUUUGCUUUUCACUUUCUCGUCCAGGUGAAUGAAGCUGAAAAACAAUUGAAAUUCUGUACUGUCUGGUAUCUCACCCAAAGGUUUUUUGAUAUUUGAUAUUUGUUCACAGGCUGACCGUGUCACUGUCAGGGGCAGCGUUUAUUCAUUGCUCAUUGCCCUUGAAAUGGUGGUGAACCACAAUCCGGAGUUCACCUGAGCAGCUUACCCAGUUCAGAGCGCAGUUAAGAGAUUAGCCACAGUGGAUUUGGAGUCGGAGAGGCCAUUGUAAAUAAGGAUGACAUGUUCCCUCCCUUUACUUUCGGUUACUCUCAAUAGCUUUUUUAUUCCAGGUUUUUAUUGAAUUGUCAUGGCCGGUUUUGAAUUCUGGAACCCUCUAAAUUACAUCUUUAAUAUUCAUUAAGGGGUUGGCUAACGUUUAUGGCUGUCCCUAAUUGCCCUUGAGAAGGAGAUGGUGAGCUGCCACCUUAAACCACUGGAGCCUGUGGAGUUUAGGUAUAUCAUUCAGUUAUAUCAUCUAGAUGCGACUGCAUCUCUAAGUCGCCAUUCUUCAUAUGUAUUAAAUGUAAUGGUGAACGUUGUCAAGCUGUUUGAUAUUGGUGUCCAUCACAGCAACACUGUCCUCCUCCCCCAUUCUGGUAGUCUUUGCAGCAACAUACACUGGAUAAUGAUUACAAGCGUGGAUGCCAGUUUUUUAUUGCAAACAGCCGAGCGGAGGAAGAAAGAGCUUGAGAACCACCCUCUGCCAGAUUCAUCGAGUCAGAAUCAUACAACACAGAAACAGACCCUUCGGUCCAGCCUGAAAGUCCCAUUAAAACCUAAGCUCUGCAGACACGAACAGACCUAUGUUUUAUGUUAUUAUUUUGGAUUUAAAGCAUUCACAUUUUUCAUCUGGUUAUUAAUGCCCAUUCCACAGCUUAGAAAUAACAUUUCAGGACCUGCUUUGAAUUGACAAUUCAUGAAAAUCUUCUAAUACAGGAGUGAAAUUGUGAGGCAGUUCCUUAAGGCCUUUUCAAAUAAAGCAAGUUGUUGGUUGCCCAUCA